UGAUUGUGAAAGUGACAGUACCUUGUAUCCAUAAAAUUUUGCUAAGAAGAGAAAGCAAAACAAGGUUAGAAGACACUUUGAAAUUGGAUAGCACUGCACAUGCCCACAACUUGCUUGCAUUCACAACCUAUGAAUUCUGCUGCCUUUAAGAGUACUACAUUUUUGAAGCUGGUGAUGAAAUGCGUUAUCAAUGCAUCUCAGAAAUGUAACCAAAACAAAGAAAUUGUAAAUAUCUCGUGGAGCCUGCAUUGUUAGAAUUAUUGGCUUUAACGGUAGGCCACAGCUCGAUUGCAAACAGCUCAGAAAAAACGCGCAGCUCGUUGCAAGACUAAAGUGUUUCCAAGAUCAGUAAACCUCGUUUCCGGUGUCUCAACAUCAGUGCACACUUGAAAUUUUUGCAGAGAAUGACUUCAGUGGUAGACAUGAGGUUUACGCUGUUAGCAACACCAACGCAGUCUUAUGAUUCCGAAGGGGAAUCGUGUACGUCAGAUGAGAGUCACUCAUCGCUCACAUUAGAGAACGAUCCUUUAUUACUUGGGAACGACAUGAAUUUUUGGAGUACCGAGUUAUCCCGUUUGGGUGACGAGCUUUGUAAAUACGGUGUUGCGGAUAUUUUCAAAGAAAACAAAAAAUCAUCAGAUGAUAUUCCUGUGUUUCCGGACUUAUUUCCAUAUGUGGAAGAAGCUCUGGCUGAUAAAGAAAUCUUUUGUGAUAUGGAAAUCGAAUCAGAAACAGAUUCGUUAGGCAGAUUCGAUUGCUGCUGCUCAGAGCAAUGUCGCAGUUAUGACUCAUCAAGCGACUGGAGCUACCCAUCAUCCCCUCGCAGUUUCGGUAUGUCAACGAUAAACCGGACAGAUAACUUUCUCUCUUUUCCAACCCAAUCCAGCGGGCAAACGAACGUACGUAGGAGAAAAUGUCUUACCCAAAAUGCAGAAUUUACGCCGUAUAGUUUCCCUGGUAGCCUUUUAAAACAGCAUAACAACGUAGAAAUGGAAUUAGAUUCCACUGCGCCUGAGCUGAUUCACGAAGUCAAAACUGAAGUGGAUUCUGCCUAUGUCACUGAGGAUUCGCCUGAUGGUAUCACCCCGUCACCGAUGACAACAGAGGAUGAAGAGGAAUCUUCAGACUGCUCCUGCAGCUUCAGGGCUCGGCCAGAUGAAGUGAAGGUCGAGGUCAAAGCGAAUUUCCGGGAAAUAGCAAGGAAGAGGAAGCGUUUGAAUUCCAUUUCUUCAGAUUCUGAUCAAUCUGAAGAUUUUGCCAAAGAUACGACAUCUAAAAAGAAGUCAGGCAAGUCAAAAACUCGAACUGAGAAUGAUGGAAAGAACGGAAAUUUCAAGCCAAAACAGCUUUAUCAGUUUCUAAUGGAUUUGCUUCGCGACGAAGAUUAUAGUCCACAAUUCAUAGAAUGGGUGUCACGUGAUGAAAAGGUAUUUCGAUUGGUGGAUUCAGCUGCUGUUGCUAGGAUGUGGGGCGAGUGCAAGAACAGGGAAAAUAUGACUUACGAGAAAAUGAGCAGAGCUCUGAGGUAUUAUUACGAGAAUGGGAUUCUAGAAAGAGUACCGAAUUGUAGGCUACAUUAUCGAUUUGGCAAAGUUGCCUACGAAGAAUAUGCAUCAACCUGGUAGAGACAGGAUGAAAUAAGGAACUAUCGUUAUUUUAUCUUGGUAAAGGCAGCGGUGUAACGGAGGUGCCGUAUGGGCAGGUCCAUAUGGUGUUCUUGAUUGAAAUGAGGAGGCUCUAGCUUUUCUCGAUAGUGAUCGGUAAAGAUGCAGAGAGAUAAUGUCCUUGCUGCUAAUGAUCGCGAUAGCAAGAUAUCUUAUAUUGAUUGUUACGGUGAUUGUGAAUGCAAACGACAAAGGCAGCAACAAAUUCAGACUGGCAAAGGCCUUUUUAGUCUUCCCUGAUUAGUUUCAUCUCAACCAAAUACUUUAAUACUUAAUGAAAAUUUAACUUGAAUAAGAUUGUCUUCCAUAAUUUUUGGAUCGCCUCGUACUUUUUGCAUGCUUAGCAAAUUUUCUUGCAAGCAUUCUGCAUUUCACAAAAUUUUCCUUUGUGUACGAUAUUUAUUAGUAUUGGUGACAUAAUUAUUAAAGUUGUUAAAACUCAACUGUAAUAGUAAAUUAAAGAUUAGAGAUUGAAAUUCAACUGUUUGUUUUUGGAGUUCUGGUUAUUGUGACGUAAUGUUACAGCUUUACCUUGAUCAGAAAUAAGCCGUUUUUAUUUCCAAUUUCCACUGUAGAAUGCCAAUGUCAUUUUCUCCUUGUCCAGUUACCAGAAGCCACUAUUGCAGAUAUCGGCAUCGACAUAAUUUUCAGGAUGUUAAAGAAUUUAGAAUUAGGUAUCAAUGUAUGCAGAUUGCGAUUAGACUGUAAGAUAUUCAAAGAGUAUAAAUUGUAAAGUAGACACUUAAUUUAUAAGCAUCAUAGCCUCUGAUGCUGUUGUUUCCAAUCGAAGAAUUACCGUGCCAAGAGGUCUAACUCCCGAUAUAGAAUUUACAACUAUCACCCUGCCAGCCUAUGUGAAUUCGCAACUACCUCCAAACUAAUUUCCCCUAGAUCUGGAAACCUAACCCAAAUAUGUUUUUACCCACCCAAAAAAGUUUCCCCUGCCGAAAAAUUAACUUCGUAUAAUUCGUCAAGGCACCUUUCAACCGUAUCAGAGGCCCAAUAUUCGUACUGUAUAUGUAAAUUUUUGUAAUUUUAUUGUCGACAAAAUUUUUAAUAUUUUAUACCAAAACCAACAAUGUGUAUGGUUAAAGAUACUGCUCUCAAGGACCACCAAAAGCUCCUUCGGAUGCACCCAUUCCUUGCCUUCUUUCAAAGUUAUUAGAAACUUGCCAGCUCUGAACUUCAGACUUGGUUUUAAUACAAUAGAGAUUAACAUUUCGAUACAACUGAAGCAUUAAUCCUCCGUCUCCAUGAUCUAUUUUUAGAUAGUCUUUAUCAAAGUCCCGUUGGUCUUUUCGAUGCCUUAUUAAGUACGUUUCAACGAAAACACGUGAUCAGGCUCUGUCACAUCGUUGAGUUCAGAGCACUGUCGCGUGCAUCCAUAUUUUUACGUAUAUUCACAUAAUUGUGGAUAUUUUUCAAAGUAGAUUAGAAUCAUGCACAUUGUUGAGGAGUUAUAGAUCAGGCAUCUUUUUUUAGAUUUGAAAUAUGAAUAUUAGUACCUAAUAUUGGAAUAAAUUCAAGCUUUUCUAGGGCGUUA